GUGAGUCUCCAGCCCCACCCGGCGGUCGACGACGUGUUGUGUUCUCCCGAACAGUUAAAUUCUCGACUGGACGACUGCUUAAUCGGAUCUCACAGAAGACGACCUACGGCGAUCUUCGCCAUCAUGUGGCCCCCUUUUCGUCGGCGCCCCGGCGCCUUAAAACCAGGGCGCGCUCGGAACAUUCUCUGACAUGGGGAAUGAGGAAAGCCAACAAGGGGGCGGCGCCCCCGGACAGCAACAACAGGGCGCCCCCGGAUCGGUCCCCUUCGGCAUGGGUGGAGGACAAACUCAACCCAGAUUCGGUGGGCCCCAACAACCGCCCGGCAUGCGGCAGGUGGCCCCUACCGGGAGACCAAAUCUCCGACCUGGGGGUCCCGGACCACCUCAACCGGCCAUCAGGGGGCAGUAUCCAGGCGGUCCUGGCACAGUUCCUAGACAACAGGGGCAACAAGUUCGUCCCGUUCAGGUAGGCGUUCAGCCUUGGGCAGAACCUCCAGUUCAACAGCCGCAACGCUUUCGGGCCCCCGGACCUCUGCAGCAGCAGGCGCCCCAGCAAGCGAGACAGCCCCAGACAGCUACUCCCUUGCGACCCAUAGCACAACAACAGCAGUUGCAGCAACAGCAAGCCAAACAGCAACAUCAGCAGGCCAUGAUGUUGGAAGAGGACAUUGGUGUUGAUCUAAGUAACUUGUCCGAAGAAGAGAAAGCCAAGAUACUAUCCGUGAUGGCCAGAGCCCAGGAUUUGGAUGAAGACUACGAAAGGCACAAGAGGGCGAAGGAAGAGGCGUCGGAACAGCGACCGCAGUUGCUGUGCCCUCUUUGUCAGGUGACUGACCUUGCCACCGAGACAAACAAGAUGUGUGGAGACUGCGGGAAGAACUUUUGCCAGAAGUGUGGCACUUUCGUGCCUGGUGAAGGAAGGAGGUCGGUGUGGGUGUGUAACACCUGCUCCAACCGCAGAAAGCAACAAAGUGCUGCCAUGGCGGCGGGAACUCAAAAUGGUACGACCUACACAUCGACAGGAGAAAAGAUAUCGGGAGACCAGAACCGGAAGGACGAGACCAUGUCACGCAUGGGCCAGCCGUUCCAAAUGCAGCAGCAGCAAAAACAGCCAGCAAUCCAGUCCGGGCAACAGUCCGUGUCCCUGCUGGGCACGUCGGGAACGAGCGGAAGUGGUUUCGUGUCCGGCUCCCUCAUCCCGAGCAGUGUGGUGACCCCUGGAGGCAUGGGGAGGGGCGGAGGGACCAUACCUAGGACCGUGCCCCUUACGGCCCUGUCCCAGACGCUGCAGCAGCAACAGCAGCCAGCGUGGCCCAAUUCCCAGCCCCAGCAGCAACAGCAGCAAACGCAAUGGAAUUUACAGCAAGCACAAAUGCAACAGCAAGUGACGCAAGGCGGUCAGCAGCAACUAUCCCUGCAGAUGUCCGCUCAGAAGCAGAUGAAAUCGAAGCCAAUGGACCUCGCUCCUGGCCUCAUGAGCCAGCAGCAGCAGCUUCAGCAGCAGCAGAAGCAGCAGCAACAGCAGCAGCAGUUGAAGGGUCAGAAGGGUCAGAAAACGGGAGAGCAGCAGGACUGGUCCCCUGGGACAGACCUCUCCCCCAUCAUGGACGUUUCCCCGUCGCUGGAAGCUGCGGAGCAAGAACUGAUGGAGAAGUGCCAGGAGGCCGACCAGUUAAGACCCAUUCCGAGGGCGACCUCUGGUACCAUUUCGGGCAUGUUGGCUGACUUCAACAAGGCGCUCGGACUGGCCACAACGCCCACGCUGGACGAGGGUCAGCAGCAGCAACGGAGUCUGGUUGUGGCGACGACGACGGCUCCUCAGCAGCAAAUGAGCGGCGCGGUUGGCAGCGGCGGAACGGCCCCGACAGCAACGCUAUCAGGUGGCACGGAGAUGGAUCAGAACCAGAAUCUCGUGCAACAGCAGUUCCAGCUUCAGCAGCAACAGCUUAUGAUUCAACAGCAGCAGCAGGUUAUUCAUCAGCAGCAACAGCAAUUGCAACAGCAGGUACACUUUCAGCAGCAAAUACAGCAACAGCAGCAAAUACAGAACCAGCAGCAAGUUAUAAUACAAGAUAUACAGCAGCAACAGACCCUGACAGCCUCUCUUGUGCAGCAGCAACCGGGUGUGAUCGUAGGCGGAACUCCGAUGCAACAGCAGCCCCAAUCCCAGCGGAAGGUUCACAGGCGUCUGCCACAGCCUACUAUGGAACAGAUGCAAGCGGCGGUCGCCAUAGCAGCACAGACGCCCAGGAGCAAGUCCCAACCCCCCCGUACCCCCAGCAUCGGAGCAACCCCCUCCUUCCAGAGACCAGUUUCGCCCAUGAUGGCUCCCGGUGGACAAAGGACUUCGCAAUCGUCUACGCUCUACGAUACGUCGACGAGCAACCUCCUCAGCGUUCAACAGCCAAUGAUGCUGGGCAGUGUCUCUCCUUCAGCAACCACUUCCAUCAGCCCAACCUCUCGCAAGGACCAGGACACUGAGACGGAGGGAGGAAAGAAAAUCCGCCGUCGGCUGCCGCCCGUGCCCUUGGACCAAGAACCCACCUCCGUCCCUCUCCGAAGAACCAAAGACCGAACACGGACACUCUCUAUGGGGGCUAUGCCCCUCUCCACUUCAUCAGACAAACCCUGGGAUAGGAGGAUACCACAAAGAACUACGUCUUUAGACGAUGGUAUGGCUUUGACGACGGCAGUGACAACAACCAGCUCCAUUCUGGAUUACAUUGGUUUGACAACCUCUACUGACACCUACUUGCAGCUCCUCUCCUCUAAAGAUUUCGGGGGAUUGUUCAGCUCCUGCACAGCCACCACCACAACAACAUCUUCUAUACUAGACACUAUACCUUCCUCUCUAGGAUUAUCGACGACCAGCAUGCUGGGACGUCGAGAUCUGAGCGCUCCCCACAGUCUCUCCUCCUACCUGCGCAGCAGCGGUGUGGGCGUUGUACCUUCCACUUCAGCCUCCUACCUCCUAGAUCACUCAACCACGGACACAGGUCCCAAGCUUCCCUCCUACAUGAUGUCUCUGAAGCAGCAACUGCGGGAGGAACUUAGAUCGGUUACGGAACAAAGGCGACGUAUAACAGAUCCUGACCUAUCUGGGCUACUCUCGCAUUCGACGUGGCUGGACGCUUCAUCAUACGAUCCCUUGCGGAAACUAGGUUCAUCAACUCUACCUUUAACUUCCAGUGGAAGUCGUCUUGGAGGUCCGCAGGCCAGGCGCAGUAGACAUAGGAGGCAUGCCUCCGACACCAAACUAUCAAUGUUCUCGUCGUUGGGUAGAGACGAGUUCGUGCUCAUUGUAGCCUUAUCUGCUGCUGAUAUGUUCGAUCUUUUGAAGUCCCAUCUUUUGUUCGCCUCUCUAAUGCUUUGCUUCUCCGAUGCCCCUCUUGCGAAUAUCGGUCAAGAUCCAUGCCCGUCAUGUUCGGCUCAUUUACCGUCUGGUAUUGGCUCAGUAUCCAUCAGAUACUGGAAUGCAGA